AAGAUUUUGAAAUUUGUUACCCUCUGACAUGAAAUAGGUUCUGCAGUCAAGAACUAAUCCAACUUUUGUAUCUUGGAAAGGUGGAGCGGUAAGCUAUCUUCUCACUGUUUUUUAUGCUUUCUUGUGCUGGGUUCUUUGACUGCAACGGAAGCUGCAUCUGUUGGUUGCAGUUUGGAUAUGCAAUGCCUCAAUUAGUUUUUCUUAUCCCUGGGGAAGAUAUUGCAGCAAUUAAACAUGAGAACUUGUCAAGUAAUUGUUGUCCCCAAAACUAGUGUAAACAGUAGUAUUUCUGGGGGAACAUGAAAAUGAUUUCUAUGUCCAAACAAAUAAUUAUCCUCUGGCUUGCAAUACAUAUCAAUAUUGAGCAUGCUCUGUACUGAAAAGCUUGUUUAUAGCAGAUUCUUGGCAUUCUAGACUUCAGUCGGGAUGCAUGGAUACACCGGGAUGACUGGAUCCGCAAUGGUAUUCAUGUUGGGAGUGGCAGGAAAUACAAGGACUCCUACUUUCUUCAAGCACAGGCAAUGUGUUAUAUAAAUUCCUAGGAAGUUGUAGUCUUGCAGGCAAGACUCAUAUAGUCCAUGUUCAACAUCAAGCUCCCAGAAUCAAGAACUACAGAUUGCAAGCUGUUUACUCUUCUAUGUCAUGUACAGCUGCUUAUUCUCUGGUCCUUGCUUUGUGGACUUGUUUAACCAAUAUUAUUUGUAGCUGUUCACCUGAUUUUUCAUUCUUGUGGGCAACUAUUCCAAUACCCAAGGGGGUGAUAUCAUCAGAUCUCUCAACGCAUACACUGACAAUCUCUUAUGUUCAAUUAUUGGUGACAGUUUUGGGCGUAAUUUUCAUCCAGAUUUUCCAUGGCCAAUGUCUUUUGGUCAUUUAGUUGUUGUGGAUGAUUAAAUCCCUUGAUUCAAUAACCGAAGCUUUUUAAAUCAGCUUGAUAUGAAUCAGUUGAUGCUAAUAAACUUUCAUCUAUUGUACCCUUUUUCUCUCAAACUUUUAUGAACAGAUGGUAUUGUAAGCAACCUUGUAAUCAAGUAGUAUUCUUUAC